AUGAAAGCCUACUUUCUCGUCAUUGCCCUGGCCAGUGCGGCCUUUGGCGACAGCGUCGCUACCAUCGGCGUGCCAGUAGCCGGCCUGGCAGCCGCACGUUACGUGGCACCCGUUGUGUCUACUGCUGUACACCACGCCCCGACCUUGUCAGAAGCAUCGCGUGUGACCAGCUUCGAGACUGCUCGACCGGGAGUACCACACACCGUGGCGAAAGUGUCUAGCUACACACCCGCUGCCAUCCACACGGUCCACACCUCGAUUCCUACCACCGUGACUGGUGCUGUCCAUGUACCGGGUUACACCUACUUGCCACGCUACAGCCAUCGCUACGAUGCCGGUGUGGCAACCGCUCCCUACGUGUCACCCGUGGCGUCUACUGCCGUGCACCAGGCGCCGACCGUGUCCGAAGCCUCGCGUGUGACCAGCUUCGAAACUGCUCGCCCAGGAGUCCCACACACCGUUGCCAGGGUGUCUAGCUACACUCCCGCUGCCAUCCAGACUGUCCACGCCUCGGUUCCUGCCGCAGUGACUGGAGCCGUUCAUGUUCCGGGUUACACCUACUUGCCACGCUACAGCCACCGCUACGAUGCCGGUGUGGCAACCGCUCCCUACGUGGCACCCGUGGCGUCUACUGCCGUGCACCAGGCGCCGACCGUGUCCGAAGCCUCGCGUGUGACCAGCUUCGAAACUGCUCGCCCGGGAGUCCCACACACCGUUGCCAGGGUGUCUAGCUACACUCCCGCUGCCAUCCAGACUGUCCACGCCUCGGUUCCUGCCACAGUGACUGGAGCCGUUGAUGUUCCGGGUUACACCUACUUGCCACGCUACAGCCACCGCUACGAUGCCGGUGUGGCAACCACUCCCUACGUGGCACCCGUGGUGUCUACUGCCGUGCACCAGGCGCCGACCGUGUCCGAAGCCUCGCGUGUGACCAGCUUCGAAACUGCUCGCCCGGGAGUCCCACACGCCGUGGCCAGGGUGUCCAGCUACACUCCCGCUGCCGUCCAGACUGUUCACACCUCGGUUCCCGCCACGGUGACCGGUGGUGUCCACGUGCCCGGUUACACCUACUUGCCCCGCUACAGCCACCGCGUCGAGCCCCAACCUCUUUCCUACCCUUAUACCUAUGGUGCAACCCCGUAUGGAGUCAGCUAUGGACGGAGACCGGACACCGUCGGAUAUGUUGGUUACACCUAG